AUGGUCACCAUCGCUCUGUACAAAAUAAAUAUUGUAACAAAAGCUAACAGCACACGAGGAACCGAAUUACAGGAACCUGCCUAUGUUAAAGAAGGCUCUCCAGGAUGUCUGAAUAUUUCAAUGUCUCGAAGCAUACCAGAAGAUUUUGUAAUAUUUUUAAGUUUCAACAAUUUAACUAUAUGUACUCUCGCUGGCAUUCCUGACUCUGAUCCAUUUAUAGACAUCAAUGUUGACUACAGAGGAAGGGUAACAUGUAAUGUGGAAACAUCAAAAAACCGAGUAUAUAUCUGUUUUACCAACUAUGUUAACACAACUGAUGCUGGAGUAUACUUUGCACAAUUAUCGAUAAGCUCAGUCAUAACGAAUAAUACGCUGUUCGUCAUGACUCCUCCAAGUAAACCUACUAUUAAUGUGAAUAGUGAAAUCAUCUCGAACACUGUGCAGAACUUGACCUGUUCAGCUAUGUCCACAUCAGUUCCACUCACGAGUCUGCCUAUCACCUAUAUCUGGACCGUGAAUAACGCUAACAUCACACACUCUCGCUUCAGAAUUACAGGAGACGGAGGUAGUAUUUUGAUGAUUAACAAAGUUAAAAAACAAGAUAAAGGGACAACAAUUCAGUGUACAGCCAAAGAAGAGAGAGGAUUAUUCUCCGACCCAAGUGACGAGGAAGUAUUAAAUGUUUUGUAUGUGCCGGAAAUCUACGUCACACCAUCAACAAACGUUGUUGCAAAACUGGGUGACAGCAAUCUUCAGUUAAAGUGCUUCGUUGAUGAUGCAAACCCAAGCACAGGAUUAAACUACAGAUGGACUAAAGGAGGCAAUCAAAUCAGCACUAGUCAGACCUACACCAUUUCUAGUGUGCGUAAGUCCGACCAAGGGACUUUCCAGUGUACCGUUGGUAACGCCGUUGGGACAUCAAUACCAUCUACUAUUAAUGUGGAAGUCGUAUAUAGUCCUGAAAUAGAGAAUUUUACUAUAGUUGGUGGACACGUCGUGAGUGAACUAUCUCGGUUCGUAAUGUACUGUAUUGUAAACAGUCCUAGAUCUACCAACAUAACCAUACAGAAUGUAAACACCAGCGAGGUUGUCAGCAGAGGACAGGGUGUAUUCAUUCUGAAUUUUACAGAAAACUCAGCUCAGUGUUUCCAGACGGCAGUUUAUAUAUGCUUGGCUAAGAAUGUUAUAGGAAUCUCAGAAUCUACUCCAGUGGAGUUAUACGUAAGAUGUAAACCAAGAUCUCUAAAUGGACAAUUCUUCCAACAAAUGUCAUCAAAUAAGCUUGUAUUUUCGGCGAAGUAUUUAGCAUACCCAGUACCUUCCAUCCAAUGGACUUUUAGGAAAUCUAGUACUUCAGCAGAAAAGUAUAUAGCCAGUAAUUUCUGGAACACAAAUAUGACAACAGCAGCAAACAUCUCAACAUUUUCUGUUAGUUAUAAAAAGAAUUCCCUUCAAACAGACGAGUUUGGUUAUUAUACAGCAAAUGUUAGCAAUGACCAUGGAUCCUUCCUCACUACAGUUCUCAUUAUCCCAGAAGGCGUACCAGAUGCACCACAAAAUAUGUCCCUUCUUUGCUCAAUAGAGGGGAUGGCUUUUAUUAGUUGGAUUCCAGGAUCUGACGGCGGAGUAGCACAAACUUUCACAUUAUCACACAAAACAGUCACUGGUCCUCAAAUGAAUACCUCUCUUAUAUCGGGAAUCAGUACUAUUAUUCCUAAUUUGGAAAAUCAAUUUUAUACAUUUACUCUUAUUGCUGUGAAUAAAUACGGAGAAUCUGUUCCUGUACAAGACACUUGUUCAAUAAGAAAUUUGGAUAAAGAAUCUGCAUCUCUUGCUUCUGUGUUUGGCUCGCUCUUUGGAAUUUUCCUUUUGACCUGCAUAUGUCUGAUGACAUUUAUCAUCACCAGAAAGUGUCUUCAAAAUAGAGGUGUAAGCUGUGUGGAGAAAGAUGUUUAA